AUGGGUCCUCACAGUUGGGUAGAGACGUCUUCAUCCUCCGUGCCGUCCCCGGCGUCUUUAGAUCCAGGUCUCCUCGGAGAGUAUGAAGACGGCAUUCCUCAUCUGUGUUACUGCGGUGGAUCGGUUUUUGUUGAGACGACCGCCAACGGAGACAGUAAAGGAAUGAGAUUUGUCACUUGCCGCCGCCGUGAUGAAGCUGGGCAUCAUAUUCGCAAGUUGUGGGAUAAUUGUGUCGAAGAGGAAAUUGAAAUGUUGCGCUCUGACAUUACAAGUCUGAAGGAGGAUUCCCGCACAUGUGCCCACGCGGACGAAGCACUUAAAGAGAUAAGUAUCCUGUGGACCGACUUACUUUUGGCGGAAAAAAAAACCCGUGAUCUGAAGGAAGAUCUGGAGAUGGAUAUUGUGAAGAUAAAAGAGGAUUUUCUGCAGACGGAGGUGUUGGUUCGUGAUCUGCUCAAGGAGCACAAGACUGGAGAUUACAUUUGUGCUUGCUACAUUUACUCUAUUCCUUGGUCUUUUCAUAAUUUGGUUCAAGUAACUGCUCAGAAUCAAGUGGCAGACGUCAGUCUCUAUGUUCACCAAAG